AUGGGUGUGCUCGCCAACAAGUAUCGCGUGCUCGUCGUGCUCGUCGGAUUCCUCUGUCUGGUUUCUGUGUGCUCCAACUAUGUCGUCAUGAACUUCACGUUCAUCUGCAUGAAAACUGAUAUGAGCUUUAUUCGAGAAGACAUGAGUAACGAGGUAUUCGGUGAGAUGUUCGAUUCAUUUCAAUUUGAUCUUGUUUCAGACUGUGUCAGUCAGUCUGUUCGACUAUACUCCCAACGAGAAAAAGUACAUAAUGUGGGCAGUGGCGGCCGGAACUAUCAUCGGCACUUUCCCGGUUAACUUUGUUUUUGUCCGGUUCGGUGGCAGGUUGGUCUUCCGAUCUUUCCUGAAAUCCAAACUAAUCUCUAUGCAUUCCAGAUGGACGUUCUUCAUCGCCGGAAUCAUUUCGGUCGUCUCGACUUCUCUGAUCCCGAUGGCCGCGCAGACCUCCUUCAUCGCACUUCUUGCUGGCCGAUUCUGUCAGGUUUGCUUUUUGAUUGAUAACGGAUUGAAUGCAAUCAUUGUUGGUCAGGGUGUCGCCUUCGCAGCCGACUUCGCCGCUAUCGGACUGCUGACGGUCCGAUGGGCUCCGCUCUCCGAAACGGCCAUCUUCUUGGGAGCUCUCACUUCGUUCACUAACUUCUCUUCGAUACUAACCAAUGCAGUUUCUGGAGCGGUUUGUGAAAUGAAAUUAUAUGUACAACUUGGUGGCUAUUAUUCAGAUUUGUGAGAACUUUGGUUGGAGGACGGCCUUCUAUGUCCAUUCGGCGCUUGGAUUGAUAGUAUUCGUUUUGUGGGUGCUCGUCUACUCGGAUCAUCCUCAUAAGACAAGCAGAGUAACUGAAAAAGAACUCAAGAAGAUUCAGAAAAACAAGUCGGAGCAGCACUUGGACACGAAGAAUGUCAGCGUUCCUUACAAAGUAAGAUCCUUUUCUUUUCAACCUGUCAGAUGCAUUUUCUGUCAGAAACUGCUCACAUCUCCGGUUGUGCUCUGCGUGUGGUUCAACGCCUUUGCCGAGAUGUCCAUCGUCGUUUUCCUGCACACGUAUGCUCCGAUCUUCUUCAACCGUGUCCUCCGAUUCAGUGUCUCUGAAACCGGAUUCCUCCUCGCCCUCUCCAUUUGUUUCCCUCUUCCUCUGAAACUUGUGGGUGGAAUCAUCAGUGACAAAGCGAAGUGCUUCUCAGAAAGAGCCAAGAUGCUCUUCUUCAACACAGUUUCCGUCGGCCUUGUCGGAAUCUUGAUCAGUGCCCUUAGGUGGGUGGCAUCAAUGAAAAACGUGCAAUAUCUGAGUAUCUUUCCAGUUUCAUCCCCCAAUCUCAUCACUACCUCUCCGUUCUCUUAUUCUCUGUAAUAUUCUCUUGUCUGGCGCUGAACUGUGCAGGCUUUUACAAAUGUGCUACUCUUCACACCAGGUAACAGUUCGAAAUGGAGAAAGAUUCAUAAUGGUAACAUUACAGACAAUACGCGCACAUCGUCAUUUCCACAAUUCAGUGGAUGAAGUCAGUCGCGCUGAUCACUGGCCCCGCUCUUGUUGCCGCAAUCGUUAAGAACGAGGAAAGCGUCGUCCAAUGGAGGAUCGUUCUUUGCAUCAUCGGAGGCGUCCUUAUACUUGUAAGUGCUUCUGAACAUCUCCGCGAGCUACAAACAUUCAAAUUCAGGCCAAUACUCUAGCUCUGUUCGUUUUCACCGACAAGCCCGCCGAUUACACGAUGGCAAACGAGAAGAGCGUCAAGUAUGAAACAAAGACUGAAAAGGCCGAAGCUCAAACUGGAAAAGUCUAG